AUGUUCAUCCCGAAGAAGAACCGCCUCGAGGUCUACUCGUACCUGUUCAAGGAGGGCGUCCUCGUCGCCAAGAAGGACAACUUCAAGCCCAAGCACGACGAGAUCGACGUGCCCAACCUCGAGGUCAUGAACCUCAUGAAGUCGCUCAAGUCCCGCGGCUACGUCCGCGAGACGUUCAACUGGCAGUACUACUACUGGUACCUGACCAACGAGGGCAUCGAGUACCUCCGCGAGUACCUCCACCUCCCCGCCGAGAUCGUCCCCGCGACGCUCAAGAAGGCGUCGGCCCGCCCC